GCUGCUGCGCUUACUUUUGCCCCUGCGUGGUCUUCGGCCGAGUCGCCGAGAUCGCGUCGGAUGGUAACGUCGCGAUGGAGGAGGCUUGCGCCUUGUGGUAUCUCAUCCAAUGUUGCCUCUUCGCUGGAUGCGUGUAUUCGUUCGGCUUCCGAACCAAGCUGAGGGCGAAGUACAACCUGCCUGGGGAUUCGGUGAACGACCUUUUCUUGCACUGGUGCUGCCAGUGCUGCGCCUACUCCCAAGAAUACCGCGAGCUGAAGAACCGCGGAUGGAUUCCUGCGGAUG